CAUAUAAUUUUAAAAUUUUAUAAAUAAAUGAUAACAUAAAUUUUUUUUUUUUUAAAAAAACUUUCUGUUACUAUUUCUAAAAAAAGAAUAUUACUAAUCAGUCUUUAAUGUUAUAAACGUUAGAUAGAUUAAUAUAAAAUUCAAUGUUUCGGAUAAUAAUUGUGAUUAUUUCAAUAUUUUGUGCUUUAUUUUUGUUGUAUGGCUUACUAUUUGCAGUACUUGAAAAUGAACCAAAUCGAUGUCGUAUGACUUAUAUGUUUGAAUAUCCACAAUUUGUGAGAAUUCAUUUCCCAGCAAAUAAAUUCUAUGAAAGAUAUGGAUUAUAUGCUUAUUCUGAAGGUGCUCUUACAGAACGUACACGUUCAAUGGAUUUUACUGGGGCUCCAGUAAUUUUUAUACCAGGGAAUUCAGGUUCAUAUAAGCAAGCUAGAUCAUUGGCUUCAGUUGCUAUUAGAAAAGGUCUAGAUAAUGGUUGGUAUCAACAUUUGGAUUAUUUUUCAAUUGAUUUCAAUGAAGAAUAUAAUGGAAUAUUUGGUGGAUAUCUUGAAAAUGAAAGAGAUUUUGUAAAGGCUAGUAUAUUUGCUGUUUUAAACUUAUAUAGUAAACUUUCAAAUAAACCUACACAAGUAACAUUGAUUGGUCAUUCGAUGGGCGGUAAAAUAGCUCAAUCAUUAUUGGCCCAUGAUGAUGUUUCACCAUUGAUUAAUACUAUUAUAACUAUAGCUACACCUAUUGAUGAACCUGUGUUAAAUAUUGACUACUAUUUUGCACAUUUUUAUAAAAAUAUUAAUAAAUAUUUUGAAACAAAUAGAAGUUUUCAAAUAACUAACAACGAAACUAAUCAUUGUACUGGAAUUUUUGCAACUAAAAAUCUCAAAAAUGAGUCAUUAUCCCUAGAUGAUAAACUAAUAAUAUCAAUUGGAGGAGGUUCAAGAGAUUUUAUGAUUCACUCAGGACUGACAAGUUCUAAGUUCAGCGAUUUAAAUACGUUAACAACAGCCAUACCAAAUGUUUGGGUAACAACCGAUCAUCUUUGUUCAGUUUGGUGUCUUCAAUUUGUAUUAGUUAUUAACCGAUUUUUACACAGCAUAAUAACACCAUAUUCUGCUAAUCGAAAAUAUGAAAGAUUUGCUCAACAAUUUACACAAGACAAGUCAAUUCGUUUAGCGAAGGCAAAACAUUUCUUAUUAAAACCAGAUUAUGGACAUCGCAUGAGAGAAAUUGAUUUACCUCCAGCUAGAAUUGGAGUAAUCGAAUGGGAAGAAGAUUCAAGGCGUGUUUUUAGCAAAUCAUAUAAUGAUGGUCUUAAUAAAACCGUCAUUCAAAUGAUUCGGCUGACUGAUUCACCUCAUCAUAAAUAUUUAUCAGUUGUGGCUGUUAAUAUUGAAUAUGAUGAAAAUUUUCUAAUGGGAUGUGCCGCAAUUGAUUUUAACGAAGGCAUGCGAUAUUGUAAAAAAGCAUUAUCUUUGUCCAAAUAUAUAACAAGAAUACCAACAAUAGGUGACAAUAAAGUUAUUAUUAAACUGGAUUUACACAAGCUUAAAGACACAUAUCCUUCGUGGACUCAUAUUAUCCUACGAUUCAACCCAACAAGAAAAAGGUUUUCUUGCAGCAUUGACAUAUUUGAUCCGGAUUUACGAUUUGUCAAAAUUCACGCACCUAAAUGGAAUUCAUAUUCCCAAUAUGAUGUUCUGGAAGAGACUCUUUAUGGCAGUUCAUUUUACAAAUUCGAAAUAAGUGGGAUUGAAGAUUCGCAUCAAUCCCUGUACUUUAACAUAAAACCAAAAAUUUGUUCACAAAAUAAACAUCAUGCUGUAGCACGUGUUUGUAUACCAUGGCUUAAAAACUGUGAUAAAUAUCAACAUUUCACGGAUGAAGAAAAUCGACCUCUAUACAUUGAUGUUCCAAAAACUAAACCACAAAAUUACAAUUCCACAGCAAAUCCUAUCAUUGUGCAAUUGCAUUUAGAUGCAAAUUGUCGCUACAAAAUAUCUUACAAAAAUUCAUUUGGAGGAACAAUGUCUCGGAUACUACAACAAUAUUUCCAUUGGUUGCCGGCUCAUUUAGUGGGAAUACUUUUGAUGGCUUUUCGACAUCAAAUAACAAUAACACCUAAAAAACUUUCAUUUAGGUGUGGAAAACUCCAAACAGGAUUGUUAGUUUGUUCCUCUUUUUUCAUAAUAACAAUGUCUCGACUUUUUGGAAAAUUGUUUCAAAUGUUGUCCUUUUUACCUGAAUUGGAUCCGUAUAGUGAAUCUUUAAUGGUAUCAAUUUUGAUACAUGGAACUGCUUUUGCAAUGCUAAUCUCAGUUACAAUUUUUCUAUGGUUAACUAUAAAAAUAUAUGGUAAUAUGGCACAUAAAAUUCUCUUAAGAAUUAUCAAAUUACCCAUUAAGCUACCAACAAUAACUGAUGCAGUAAUGCCAGUUAUAGAAAAAAUUCCUAUAAGUUCUGGUAUUAUAUUAGUUUUCGUUGCUAGUGGAUCAUGUGGCGGUGUAGCUAUGAUAAUUGGAUGUGUAAUAUAUUUUAUGCAAAUUUUGAAAGAUUACGAAGAUUAUUUAGAAGAAUUUGUUUAUGAUACGGCUAAAAUGAUAGCUGAAAAACUCUUUGGAAAAGUUAAAGAAAAAUUUUUCAAGAAGAAAAGUGAUAUUGAAAAUGCUGAAUCAAAAGAGAACGAAAGUGAAACAGAUGUUACUGAUAUUGAGGAACUUAAUAGUGAUACUUCAAUUGCACUUUCUGAUAAAGAAGAAGGAAAAGAGGAGGAGGUUAAAAUCAUAAAAAAUAUAAGCAGUGAAGACCCUGAACAUUCGGAGAAAAAUCAAGAUAAGAAUAUAAGACGCAGGAAAAGGAAAAUGAAAACAGAUAUUGAUGAAUCUAGGGAAGUUAAAAACCAGAUAGACUCAGAAGAUUCACUCAAAAACUCGAAAGAUUUAACAAAAAACCUUGAAAAUAAAAAGGAUUCAGUGAAAAGCGAAGAAUAUGAGACAUACUCAAUCAAAAAUCAAGAAAGUGAAAAAGUUUCAGAUGAUUUGGAAAAAGAAACGAAACCAAUAAGUAAAUUACAAGAUCAGGAAGAAAAGAACGAUUCGAUAAGCAUUAAACCGGAAACUAUUUCAAAAGAUUUAAAAAAAGAUCAGGCAAAUGAAGAAAAUCCAAAAAAAUUACCAUCUGAAAAUUUGGAAAAAGAUGACAAAAAUAAAAAAUCGGACGAGUUAAAAAUUAAAAAGAGGGAAGAUUCAAAAAAUAAAGAAGAAGAAUCAAAGAAUUUAAAUGAUGAUAAGGAUAUGGCAACGAAUCACAAAAACGAAAAUGAAAUUGAUACAAAACAAUUAUCAGAGAGUAGUGAAAUUUUAUUAAAUGCUUAUGAUGCUGCAUCUGAACAAGAUUUUCCAGAAGAUAUUAGUGAAACUGAAUUAAAUAAACUAUUAGAUGAAGCAAUAACACGUCAAAAGCAAAUUUUAGAUGAAAAAAAGAAAAAAGAAUCUUUAGAACGCUUAGAAUAUGAUUCGGUUCAUGAAAGUUUUUCAAGUAUUAAUUUUCAUAUGACUUUAUUAAUAUUACUUGGUAUUUUAACAUUAAUUAAUCUACCAGCAACAGUAUCAUGGGCUAAAAAUUAUACAUACGAUCGAAGAUUAUCACCCGAUCCAUCUUAUAUACCAUCAUUAAUUGUAUUAUUAUCAAUUUCAAUUUUAAGACAAUUCGGUGCACCACGUAAUGUUUAUGGUUACACUAUUUUAUCUGGUAUAUUAUAUGCUAUAGCAGGAGGUUGUAUUUUAUAUUGUCAAGAUUCAAUUUAUCGUCUUAAUUAUAUAAUACCAGCUAUAUUUUUAUUAAUAACAAUACAACAAUUAUUUUUACCAAAAAAACCAGAAGAGAAUCAAGAAGAAGAAGCUGAUAAAGAAUUAAAAAAUAAAAUUGAAAGAAUGAAAAAUUUACUUGAAGAAUGUGAAGGUGAUUUAGAAAGUGCCGAUUAAAUAUUAAAAAUUAAAACCAGAAAAAGUGACAAAACAAAAAACAAAUUUAAAUUAAAAAUUAAAUGUUAUUUUUUUUUUGUUUUAAUUGGUUUUUGUUUUUCAUAAUUUUAUUAUGCAAAUAACUCGUUUUUUUUCUUCAAAUCUAAUAUUUUGUCGAAUUUAUUAUUCUUAUUGCCGCAAAUAAGGACGUUUUCAUGUGAAAAAUAUCUAAGAAAUUCUAAAUUUUGUUGAGUUUCUUUAACAAUAUUUUUAAUAUGGUUGUUUAAGCAUUGUUUGCCGAAAAAAAAAAAAAACAAAAAACCAAAACCAAAGACUUGUAUACUAAAUUGAUAAUAUAAAUUUGAUUAGGGUUAAUUAGUAAAAAAAAAAAGACGAAAAUUAAAAAAAUAAUUUUGUUAUCUUAUAAGUUGUGAAAAUUUUUCGGCUUUCAAAUUUGUUAUUUAAUAAAUUUAUACAACACAAAAUAACAGCAAUAUUACUAACUUAAUAUUUUUAAUACAUUAAUUUAUUAAUAAAAUAUUAACAAUUCAAUAUUGUAAUAAAUCGAAA